AUGGACUUCGUCAAGAACCUUGCUGGAGGUGACAAUAAUAGCAACUCAGCCUCUUCUUCUGACCAGCCCGAGAAGAAGGAGUCUGGCGGCUUCAUGGACAAGCUCAAUGGCUUGGCCGGCGGUGGCCGCGAGAGCGAGAAGCAGGAAGACGGCCUUGACAAGGCUGUCGAUUUUGUCCAGGAAAAGUUUCUCGGUCAAGGUCCUCAGGACAACGAGAGCGCCGCCGAACAGGCAAAAGAUGAACAGAUCAGUGACUUCAUCCGUGGCCAAUACAAGAACACAACCGGCAAGGAUAUCCCAAUUGAGGACAAGGAUAAGAAGUAUGGCCUAUAA